GAUUCAGCACAGGCUUUGAGGUCACUGCAGGGCCCAUUCGCAGUGUUGCUGGGCUCUCCCAGAAAACGUGGAUGCAUGGGGCAGCUCAGCACGUGGUCCGUUUCGGCCGUGGACCCACCUCGAGAACCGAUCCCAGUGCCUCCUGCUGCUUCUGAGACGGCUUUGGUGGCAGGCACGUGCACAGAGGUGCGGCCACCCCCACGGGGCACCUUCCAGAUCCUUCGUGGCAAUGGCACUUCUGUGGGGACUGUCAUCGUGUUCCACUGCCCCUCAGGCCACCAGAUGGUUGGGUCCGGCCUCCUCACCUGUGCUUGGAAGGGGAGCAUCGCGGAGUGGUCUUCAGUGAGCCCCGUGUGCAAGUCCGUGCCGCCGUACGAGACCUUCGGCUUCAAGGUGGCCGUGAUCGCCUCCAUCGUCAGCUGCGCCAUCAUCCUCCUCAUGUCCAUGGCCUUCCUCACCUGCUGUCUCAUGAGGUGCAUGAAGAGGAGCCAGCAGCCGUCCGACAGGGCAACCCAGCUGUGGCUCCAGCUGAGAGCCGGGGACUUGGAGACGGUGCAGGCCUCCUACCUCGGCCUCAAGGGCCCGCACAACGGCGGCGGCGGCAGGGACCCCGGGGGCCACCCUGGCCAGGCACACGACAACUACAGCUUCACCACAGACCUGGGUGAGGGCACCAGAGACAUGGCCGGCACGGCCCACGGUGUGGACAAGGACCCCUGGACCGCCCGUCCUGCUGGGCCCCCCCGUGCCCAGGCGACAGUGCACACGGCGGAGCCGCGGCUCUCCCUGCCUGCCUCCUGGCCCACUGCAGGAAUGUCCAGGCAGCACGCGGCCUACGUCCCGGGGUGACAGGCAGCGCCAGAGCCUGCCCUCCAUCCUGGGACGGCCAGGCCGACCCCAUCACCCAGCCACCUGCACCUCCGCCCGUGCCCGGCUUGAGAGUGGUCGGUGGAAUCAGCUUCCGGGGUAGGGACCCCUCAGGGCGCUGAGCUGGGGACGCGUGAGGUGUCCCGUCCCUCGGGCACCACCCAGAACAGUUUUUAUAGAGAGGCUCCCUUGGAACCAGCACAGGAGCUUCCGGAACCAGGUGCAGCCCCGCCUGGCUGGCUCCUGGACAUUUUAAGCAAAUCGCAUUUAUGGCAGAGCAGGAAGCCGGGCAGCCAACCCCUCGGUUCCUGCUGCCUGCCUCGUCUUCCCCGCAGGCCAGGCCGGGGCCUGUGAGCAGGGACCCAGCUGGGCUGCUGCCUGUUACCUGCACGGUGGGCACGAGGGGUGAGGGGUGUGAAAUAAACAAUUCUAACACUGGAAAAACAAA